GUUCAGGAUCGUCUCUCAGCUCUCGAGUCACGAGUUCAACAACAGGAAGAUGAAAUCACUGUGCUAAAGGCAGCUUUGGCUGAUGUUUUGAGGCGUCUUGCGAUCUCUGAGGAUCAUGUAGCCUCAGUGAAAAAGUCUGUGCCAAAUAAAGGCCAGCCGAGCCUCCGAGAAGCUAUUUCCAUGUCCUGUAUAACCAAUGGAAGUGGUAUAAACAGAAAGCAGAAUCACACCAGCUCUGUAUCAAUAGCAAGAAAAGAAACUCUCUCAUCUGCUGCUAAAAGUGGUACAGAAAAAAAGAAAGAAAAGCCACAAGGACAGAGAGAAAAAAAAGAGGAAUCUCAUUCUAAUGAUCAGAGCCCACAAAUGCGAGCAUCACCUUCUCCCCAGCCCUCUUCACAGCCUCUCCAAAUAAACAGACAAACUCCAGAGAGCAAGAGCUCCGCUCCCACCAAAAGCAUAAAGCGUCCACCAACAGCUGAAAAGUCACAUAACUCAUGGGAAAAUUCAGAUGAUAGUCGUAAUAAAUUAUUGAAAACCGUUUCAACAUCAAAACUAAUAUCAAAGGUUAUAAAAAGUGCAGACAAACACAAAGAUGUCAUCAUCAAUCAAGCAAAAAUGUCAACCCGUGAAAAAAACAGCCAAGAAGGAGAAUAUAUUAAAAUGUUUAUGCGAGGUCGGCCAAUUACCAUGUUCAUUCCUUCGAAUGUUGACAACUAUGAUGACAUCAGAACAGAACUGCCUCCCGAAAAGCUCAAACUGGAGUGGGUCUAUGGUUAUCGAGGGAAGGACUGUCGAGCGAAUGUUUACCUGCUUCCUACGGGGGAGAUAGUUUAUUUCAUUGCAUCAAUAGUGGUACUAUUUAAUUAUGAGGAGAGGACUCAGCGGCACUACCUGGGUCAUACAGACUGUGUGAAAUGCCUGGCUAUACAUCCUGACAAGAUUAGGAUCGCAACUGGACAGAUAGCUGGAGUGGACAAGGAUGGAAGGCCUCUGCAGCCCCAUGUCAGGGUGUGGGAUUCAGUAAGCCUUUCCACACUGCAUGUCAUUGGACUUGGAACUUUUGAGCGUGGAGUAGGAUGCCUGGAUUUUUCAAAGGCAGAUUCAGGUGUCCAUUUAUGUGUUAUUGAUGACUCCAAUGAACAUAUGCUUACUGUAUGGGACUGGCAGAAAAAAUCAAAAGUAGCAGAGAUAAAGACAACAAAUGAAGUUGUUUUGGCUGUGGAAUUCCACCCAACAGAUGCAAAUACUAUAAUAACAUGUGGUAAAUCUCAUAUUUUUUUCUGGACCUGGAGUGGCAAUUCACUAACAAGAAAACAGGGAAUUUUUGGGAAAUAUGAGAAACCAAAGUUUGUUCAGUGUUUAGCAUUCUUGGGGAACGGAGAUGUUCUCACUGGAGACUCAGGUGGAACCAUGCUCAUCUGGAGCAGAACUGCCGUGGAGCCCCCACCUGGGAAAGGACCUAAAGGUGUCUAUCAGAUCAGCAGACAAAUCAAAGCUCACGAUGGCAGUGUGUUUACGCUCUGUCAGAUGCGAAAUGGGAUGCUGUUAACUGGAGGAGGGAAAGACAGAAAAAUAAUUCUGUGGGAUCAUGAUCUGAACCCUGAAAGAGAAAUCGAGGUUCCUGAUCAGUAUGGCACAAUUAGAGCUGUUGCAGAAGGAAAGGCAGAACAGUUUUUAGUAGGUACAUCACGAAACUUCAUUUUAAGGGGAACAUUUAACGAUGGCUUCCAAAUAGAAGUGCAGGGUCACACAGACGAGCUCUGGGGCCUUGCAACACAUCCCUUCAAAGAUUUGCUCUUGACGUGUGCUCAGGACAGGCAGGUGUGCAUGUGGAACUCCGUGGAGCACAGGCUGGAGUGGACCAGGCUUGUGGAUGAACCAGGACACUGUGCAGAUUUUCAUCCAAGUGGUACAGUGGUGGCCAUCGGAACACAUUCAGGCAGGUGGUUUGUCCUGGAUGCAGAAAGCAGAGAUCUGGUGUCCAUCCACACUGAUGGGAAUGAGCAGCUCUCUGUGAUGCGCUACUCAGUAGAUGGUACUCUCCUGGCUGUAGGAUCUCACGACAACUUUAUUUACCUCUAUUCGGUAUCAGAAAAUGCAAGAAAAUACAGCAGAUAUGGAAAGUGCACUGGACAUUCUAGCUACAUCACACACCUUGACUGGUCCCCAGACAAUAAGCAUAUAAUGUCUAACUCGGGCGACUACGAGAUACUGUACUGGGACAUUGAGAACGGCUGCAAACUGAUCAGGAACCGGUCAGACUGUAAGGACAUCGACUGGACAACGUACACCUGUGUGCUAGGCUUCCAAGUCUUUGGUGUCUGGCCAGAAGGAUCCGAUGGGACAGACAUCAAUGCACUGGUGCGGUCCCACAAUAGAAGGGUGAUAGCUGUGGCUGAUGACUUCUGUAAAGUUCAUCUGUUUCAGUAUCCGUGCUCCAAAGCAAAGGCUCCCAGUCACAAGUACAGUGCACACAGCAGCCACGUGACCAAUGUCAGCUUCACUCAUAAUGACAGUCACCUGAUUUCAACUGGUGGGAAAGAUAUGAGCAUCAUCCAGUGGAAGCUUGUGGAAAAGUUACCUUUACCUCAGAAUGAGGUCAUCACAGACAGCAGUCUAUCCAAAGCCCCUGCCUCUUCCACUGAAAAUGCCAGGCAGCCUAAUCCUCCUCCCCUGCCUCCUUCCCAACCGUUAACUCAGACAGCUGAGGAGGAAAGCAGAAUAAGCAGCUCACCCCCACUUGUGGAGAACAGCCUGGAGCACACUGCAGAGCCCGGCGAGGAGCAGAGUGAGGGGGGCAGUGAAGACCUUGGUACGGUGAUUGAUGAAGAGCCUGACAGUGAGUUAGGUGAGAAGCAGGGAGCACCUGACCUGCCUGAGGACCAGCAAGGCAUACCACUCCUGUGCUGAAACGCAGGCUGCAGUGCUCCCUCAGCUGCCUGUGAUGGGAUGGAGUCAGGUAAUAGGAUGGGCAGUGAUGGGGAAUCAUUGUGGAUGGAGGUUUGUUUCCCACGUCAGAUACAGCAAACCAAAGGUCGUUUGGUAUAUGAUGAAAACGUAACCAAACUUAAAUAGCAGGAGGAGACUGGCAGGUGAGUGUGGCUAAGAAAUCACCACGUGUGGUGUGAAUACUGGAAACAGAGCUGCAGUUGUACCCAUCAAAAUAAACCCGUUAUCUGAGCGUGAUUUCCUCAGAACCGACGGAGGCAUCGCAAACACCAUUGCUCGUCCACGGGCUCAAACUGCCAUUUUUCCCGAUACAGGAAAGUGAUCUUAUUGUGAUAACGACCCACCCAAAUGUCUAGUGGGAACUUAUUAAGGAAAACUUGAGUAUUGCCAAGUAUGGUGGUGUUGCCUUUUCCUGUAAUACUGCAUUUUCUUACACUACCAGUAGAUGUCUGGACAUGCUCAUGAGGCUAUUCUAGGGGAUGCCUUCUCUAAGUCAUAACGAGGAACAGCCCUCCGUUCCUGUGGACAGAACUUUAUCCUAGAAGCAAGCAUUGGUUUGUUGAAGAGCUUUUAAUGUAUAUUAAACCAUGAUUCUGAGGGAUGGUGGGUUCUCCAAGAAGUCCUUUACCAGCCUAAACAUUCUCUAAUGUUUAGCAUUCAAGGGAAUGGAAAAAGAGGGAAAACAAAAGACUAAAAAACAAAAACCGCAUGCCUUUAAAAGACAAACUGUAAUGAUGACCUGCUAACCCUCGCUAGCCUUCAGCACUGUCUGUUCCCUCAGUAGAAGCAUAAACACAGUAGUUUAAAUGGUUGAAUUGGUGCUUGAAAUUCAUUGGUUCAUUUUUUUUUAUUUUUAUUUUUUUUUUUUUAUUUUUCAAGACAGGGUUUCUCUGUGUAGCUUUGGAGCCUAUCCUGGCACUCGCUCUGGAGACUGACUGCCUCUGCCUCCUGAGUGCUGGGAUUAAAGGUGUAAUUUUUAUACAAACUUAUUACACUGAGGGAUGUCUUUUUAUAGAAGUGUAAUAGUCACAGUACUGCUUACUAGGUGGCACCCUGUGCAGAUGUGUGCUAUCUGGGCAUUUCCUUCUUCUGUGAGCCUUGCAGCCCCUGGAUGGCCUGCUGUGGUGUGGGCAGUGCAUGUUGGUAUACAUGGGAAGGGGCUUUUUUCAAGUUUUGUCAGAUAACUAUUUUUCUUAAGUAUGUUUCCUACUUAAAUGACUGACAAGUGUGCAUUUCCUAUGUUUGUUUAUACUUUGAUUACAAAAACUAUUUUUUUUACCUUGCUACAUUGUUUUCAUACUUUUGUUGUUGGAUUAUGUUUAGGAACUUUUCAUAGGUUCAGAUGUCUUAAGUAUGCAGCCGUUUACGUGACUGUGCCAUUCCAAAGUGCAUCAAAACUGUCAUUCCCUUCUAGUGUCUUCUCAGGUGUUACUCCACGUGAAAAUCAGGUAUUUCAUCAUUUGGAAAUAUGAAAGCUCCGGUAAACUCCCAAGGACCCUUCUGACACUCGUAGCCACACGCUGUGUGGGAGGGCGGGUGUGGAGGGACAAGUGGAGACCUGUGUAUCUCUAGAUAAGAUAGAUGCACACACCAAAACGCUCACAGUGUAAGUCUGUCUAGGUGUAUGUCCAUGUAUCUCUCUCCUUUUGUUUACAACAUUGUUUUUAACUAAGGGGAAAAAGCACCUCAAAGUAGCUCUCUUCCGAAGAAGAGCUGCUAAGCCACCUGACUUUGAGUUCGUUCUGUACCCAGUUAUCAGAGCGCAGCUUCAGGCAUCUCUCUCCACCAGUUAGCAAUGGUGACAUAAUCAAGUCCUUGAGAAAGGACACUAGGAGAUGGAAGUACAUUUCUUUCCGUGCCUGGAGAAUACAGCUCUCCACAAACAGGGACUUUAUUUGGGGACAUCUGUCACCUUUGGGGUUGCCAUGUACAAUGAGAUUUAUAAUCAUGAUACUCUUGGGUGGUUUCCAAAGACACUACUCAUGCGCAGAAAGCGUUCCAGCCCCUAGUGCUGGCGACUACUGUUUCAUGUCAGUCAGAUCUGUGAUAAUGGCUGGAAGGAUGUGGGAUUAUGAAAUUGUAAAUGUUUUCUUAGAAAAACUUGUGAAUGAAAAUGAACCCAAGUGUUUCAUGUGAAGAUGAGCCAUUUCUAUCAUGCAUUCCGAUGUCAUGGCAGAAAAUUUUGAAGAUUAAAAAAUAAGAAUCAAAACA